GCGGCGGGCAGGUAGGCAAGCAGGUUAACUAACUCGCUAUCUAAGUAAGUGGAUAGGGGGCUUUCCAUGCACUAGCGGUACGAGGCCGAUGGCUGUCUGCUUCGAAAGUGGUUCGCUAGGUGGCUUGUCUGCGUUUGUCGCGUUGUCGUCGCUGCUGGUUUUGCGUAUCUGUGCGUAUGUAUGUGUGUGUAGCCGAUCUGCAGCGUGUGCAUGUUGUUGUUGCUGCUGCUGCUACAGGCUCGUCGUAAAGCGAUGGGUGCGAGCAGUAGCAGCGCCGCAUAGCAGAUCCUCCGCAGCGAGCACCAAGCGUUUCUGUGUUGUUUCGUUCGACAUCCUAAGCCCCAGUGGAUCAAAUACAGUGUGUAACUAUAUUAUGACAACAAUAAUAAUAAAGUAACGUUAUCGCCAGUGUCGAAUGGAUGGAAGAUGGUGCGCAUAGUAGUUACGCGAGGUGUAAGCAAGGGAACACAGGGUGGAACACUCGGCGUUGCUGAAGACGCUAUGAAGAAUGUCGAUUUUGGUAAUAUCCAGCAGCGGUGAAACAGCAGUGGCCUGCAAUCGGAAAACCUGAAGAAAAAAAUACCUUGCGAAUGAAUUUUGUUCGAUGUUGCCUUGCGUGGCUCAGUCGCGUGAGUGGGGACAAAUGUCAGAAGGAACAAGGUUGAUACGAGCGAAGUCUUGUGCGUAGUGAAUCUUCUCCGGCACCGAUCAUGUGGAUACGACGGGUCGAGACCGGGGGAGCUUGUCAUGGACCAUUUGUUUGCAUGUCCCUGCUGGCAGUGUUAGCUUUAUCCUUAUGGAUUAUUUUGGUGGAAGCAGUUGGAGCAGGGGGUAGUAGUGUAAGCACUGGGAAUAAUGGCAACUUUAACAAUGAAGUACGACUUAUGCUAAUAGCUAACCGAAAGGAUAUUCGAGCUCUCGAAGUAGAACGAAACAUUUCGAAGGUGGUUGUGGACAAAACCAACGAAGCUGUCGCCCUGUCGUUUGUCUACUCAGCAGGUACGCUGUUUUGGACAGAUGUAGAGCACCACAGGAUCAUGCGAGCUCCGAUGCCUGCGGCUAUAAGCAGUUCUUCGGUCCUUGGGGCAUUCACCCCUACUCAGCCGAAUGCUCAUCAAGUUGUCAUCAACAAUUUCGGACAGGUCGACGGAUUGGCUUGUGACUGGGUCACGUUAAAAAUUUACUGGACAGACUCGAAGCUGCGCCGCAUCGAAGUGGCCGAACUUGACGGAAAACAUCGAAAGGUUCUUUACUGGACAGACAUCGAGCUACCACGUUCCAUCGCGGUGGUGCCUAGUCACGGUUUUGUUUUUUGGACCGACUGGGGUGAAAAGGCCAAGAUCGAACGAGCUUCAAUGGAUGGAUAUUCAAGCGACAGGAAAAUAAUUGUGCGCACAAAUGAUCUCGGUUGGCCCAAUGGAAUCACCGUCGACCUUGAAGAAUCUCGCGUGUUUUAUAGCGACGCGAAAGUGUCUCAAGUCUACUCCAUGAACUUUGACGGCGGUGAUCGACGAGUUGUACAAAAAUAUGAUGGGCAUCCCUAUGCAAUUGUAGUCAUGGGACCAAACGUUUACUGGACAGAUUGGCAAAAUAACUCAAUAUAUACUACGCUCAAGACAGGUCAAAGCAAAAUACGAAAAGCAUGGCCAGAUCUGCAUUUGUCUGUGCUGGAUAUAAAAUUUUACGCAUCUAGCCAACAACCUAUAAACGGAACUUCGCCAUGUAGAGAAAAUAACGGAGGUUGUUCACAUCUCUGCCUUUUAACAUCGCGAUCUUCAACGAAACGCACUUGUGCAUGUCCUACGGGCGUUCGCCUUCGUAACGAUAAGAGGAACUGUGAGAACGGCGCGGGAAAUAUGUUAUUUAUUGCACGUAAGGUGGAAAUCCAAGGCAUUUCACUCGACACGUCAGAUCAUACCCGAGUGUCGUUACCGCUUCGUGGAGUGAAGCAUGCCGUCUCAGUAGAGUUCGAUCGGAAGGAAGGUUUCUUGUAUUGGGCCGAUGACAUAACGAAAAGUAUUAACCGUGCAAAGCUUGACGGAACUCAACAGCAGAGUAUUAUUAAUAAAGACCUCUUCGUACCGGAUGGAAUCGCAUUAGAUUCCGUAGCGAGGAAUAUAUACUUCGUGGAUUCGGAAGCACGCCGCAUUCAAGUCGCUCUACUCAAUGGAAAAUAUCGGAGGACAAUAAUCUCCGAAGGACUAAUAAAGCCUCGGGCCAUUGCUGUGGAUUCUGGUGGCGGAAAAAUUUACUGGACCGAUUGGGGUAUAGGCAGGGUCGAACGAAGUUACGUUGACGGCAACCAACGUGAGACUUUAAUAGACACUGAAGUUGCAUGGCCGAAUGGGUUAACACUUGAUUGCGUACACGAAAAGAUGUAUUGGGGCGAUGCCAAAUAUCAUCGUGUGGAAGAAGCUAAUAUGAACGGAUCUGCGAGGAGGAUUCUACAAAAAGAUGUGCCGCACAUGUUUGGACUAACGCUGCACCAAGGCAGCCUCUACUGGAGCGAGUGGCAGCUUGGUGUCCUUGAGCGGUUUGACAUCGCUGAGGGCAAACGCGAAGUGGUAUUGUCCAAUAUCCAAGAUAUGAUGAUGCUUUGGGCGGGAGGAAUCCGAAGUGAAGUCGAUGAGAAGAACGCUGAAGCUGAUGAUUCUGAGGGCAAUCCUUGCCACGGCGGAGGGGGCUGUUCACAUUUGUGCUUGAACACGCCUGCAGGUAAGGUGUGUGCGUGUCCAGACAACAUGACGUCGACUGAGGACGGAAAAAGCUGUGUUGUGGAUCGACCCAUUUUGUUGGUAGCAUCGCGUGAUGGUAGACUAACUCAAGCACAGCUAAUGUCCAACAGCAGUCUUCGCACAGCGACUUCGGACACAAUUAGUCAGGUUCAAGCUGUGGGACCGAUCGACUAUUACUGGGCUGAAGGUAGCGUGUUCUUCGUAGACUCAAUUGAGCAGAGCAUUUGUCGGACAUACCUCGAGCGGCCCAGCCGAGUUGAAGCUGUGGUUAAAAACGGGCUUGAAAAUGUGGUUGGUUUGGCCGUUGAUUGGUUAACUGGAAACCUUUACUGGACGGACAACGAUUCGAACAGAUUAGAAAUGAGCAGACUCAAUGGAGCUUAUCGCAAGGUCUUGUUGUGGAAGGAUAUGAAGCCUGCAGCACUAGUUGUAGAUCCGUUAGGUAAACAGCUGUACUGGGUAGAUAGUUUUGGAGAGCACCCUCGUAUUGAUCGGUGUCGUCUCGAUGGUUCCAAAAGGACCAAGCUGGUUGAUACAAAGUCAGUGGCAAGAUCGCUUAGCCUCGACCCCGUUGAUAAAAAAAUCUAUUGGAGCGAUGGCGAGAGCAUCGAAAGUGCCGAACUCAGUGGCAAAUCGAGACGAGCGGUUCUCUGGAGCGCUAAGUUUAGGGCUAAUCGUUUGGCCGUACAUGGUGGGACUGUCCUCCUUACAGAUGGCAGUACCGAUGUUGUAUCUGCACCUGUUGGCCGUCCAGACUUGGCUGUCAAAGUAUGGUCAGAGCAUGAAGGCAAGACCAUCGCCGACCUAAAGAUUAUGCAUCGGCCGUCGCAACUCGGUUGGAAUCAUUGCGCAAUGUCGAACGGUAACUGUGGGUCCUUGUGCCUAGCUGCACCUUCAAAGGAUAAACCAUACUAUUGUUCAUGUCCCACUCAUUAUUUCCUCAGCGACUCCGAACCAAAUGUCGGAUCAUGCGUUCUCCCCCAAAGUGUCCUCCUAUUCGCGCAGAAAAACUCAAUUAGUCGGAUUUUACUUGACGAGGAUAGCCCGGAUAUCGUACUACCAAUUGAAGCGCGAAAUGUUCGCUCUCUCCAUUUUGACAUCUACUCGGGCUACAUUUUCUGGCUUGACAGCAGGAGAGAAGAGAUCUUUCGUUCAAGAGAUGAUGGCGGAAAUUCUGGAUCGGCCUUCAAGCCGACAAACAAUGGUUCACAUUUAGAGAGCUUUGCGAUGGACCCCCUAACUGGCCAAUUAUUUUGGGUGUGCAGUUAUCGGAACACAAUUAAUAUAGCAAGGCUAAUGCCGCAGGGAAACUUCAAGCAAGUCGGCGUAAUUGUAGCUCUCGAGAAACCCCGACUGCCUGCAGUACACCCGCAAAAAUCGCUGCUGGUUUUCGUCAACCAAAACAACAACGGUGUCUCUGUCAUGAGCUGCUCAUUCGACGGGACCAGUUUGAAGAAGAUCUUUGAAGGAGAUAAACAGAUGCCAUCGGAUCUCGUUGUAGAUACAAUCGAUAACCUUGUAUUUUGGUCGAAUCCGGAGACCAAAACCAUUUAUAGCAUGGCAUUGGAUGGCACGUUCCAUAACACUGUGGUUACUAAAGUGGAUGCAUACGCGCUUUCUAUUUACGAUACUAAACUUAUUGUGAUGUCUCGUGCCGGUCAAGAAAUUUCGAUUUAUGACAAGAAGUCCGGCCAAAAGCAGCCUGAUUUCAUAACUCGACGGUCGCAUCUGACAGAUGUCUACACACCGCCAUUAGACCUACCGCAGUCAAAGCCGCAUGAAUGUCCUUGUUCACAUGUAUGUCUAGCGCAUGGCGAAAGCGACGUCAAAUUUGCCUGUACCUGCCCGACGCAGUACGCCGAAGGUUCGUGCGAUGUAGCUCAGUGUGGCUCUCACGAAUGGACUUGUCAUAGUGGUGGAAAACGGUGCAUCCCGUUGGAGGAUCGCUGCGAUAUCAAGAAGGACUGCCUCGAUGAAAGCGAUGAGCUAGAUUGCUGUACCGAAGUUGAUCAUUUUAAAUGUUCUUCCGCAGCUGACAAGUGCAUACCCUCAAAACGGGUCUGCGAUGGACACCGGGAUUGUCCGGACGGUUCGGAUGAAAUCGAUUGCGAACCGCAAGAUUGUAAAACUGAUGGAGGUGGUACGGGUCAGGGUAGUCUUGAGAAUUCCGGAUCAUGCUGCCCGGGCGGCUUCCGAUGUCAGAAGGCGACCGGUCGUCACGUCUGUAUUCGACCAGAUAAAAUGUGCGAUGAUAUUGACGAUUGCGCCGAUCGGACCGACGAGCUCUCAUGCUGUGGGACACGACACUUUCAGUGUCAUAGUGGCUCUCAGAACUGCAUAGACGCUUCGAAGAUUUGCGAUGGAUCUCAGGACUGUUUGGAUGGAUCGGAUGAAUUCUCUUGCUGUAACAAUACCUGUAAAGCCGGCUACUUGCUUAGCCAGCCCAAUGAAAUUCUAACUUCUACAAGUGAUCCGGCAGGGCUCCACUGGCCAAUUAUUUUCAUAGGCAUAAUCGCUGUGGUGGUCAUUCUCAUUGUGUUAACCCUGUGCGGUAAGAGGGACACGAAAACCCCACAAGAUAUGCCGCUUCAUUAUCAUGUUCACCCACCAGGUCUUAGCCUGCCAUCAGUAACCGGUCACACUAUCAUGACCGGGCCUUCAAUUGCUUCGUCAGCCACUUCGUCGGACCAGAAGACGUCUAUGUACCGUUACGACCCACCACCAUCUCCGGCUACAGUCCAAUCAUACGAGUCAUCGUUCUAUCACAAAGCGACAGCUCGGCGCUCUGUCCCAUCGUCGACGUGUUCGUCAAGCCAGUUUGGGGGUUAUGUUGGCUCAGAUGCAUCGUUUCUUGGCGGAGCGAUGCCCGCCCGGCGGGGACGCAAUCGAGGCAGAAGUCGCUUUGCAACAACGUCGUCACGUGGUCAAAGACCAAACACCCCCUGCUCAACAGAUGCAUGCGAAGAUUCCGACGCAGCAUUGUAUCAGUAUAACAACUAUAACGUUGGAAUCGGUGUAGAAGGCUAUGUGCCUCCCCCAGCAAGCCCUGAAGGAAGCCUUCUAUACAGCGACAUCACGUCAAAUGGCCACACUGAAUCGAGAUUCGUCUGACAGUAGUAGUAGUGCUAAUAAUAGUGUUAAUGAGAAAUAGACAAUUUUGCUCGAAUAUAAACUGGGAAGAAAACGUGAUCGAGUUUCGUGUUUCCAAUAAAACACGCUAAAAAUACUGGUAGGAUUAAAAAGGACAGUGCGAUUGACUGUCAUGUACUUUCUACAACGAUUCUGGAGCAUACCGUCUAGUGAGUGAAUGAUAUAUAUAUAUAUAUAUAUAUAUAUAUAUAUAUACAUCCUGUAAAUAGUUGCCCCUACAAAGCUGAAGGGUGUUGUACAUUAAUGAAUAUAGAAUACAUAUAUACACCGUUCAAAACUAAAUGCCAUAUAUACACAUGGAUUAUAUAGCUAGUAAUUAAGUUCUCUCGGCACACCUGUUUAAGUGACAGCGGGCGUAGCAUGCUUGUUCAGGGACAUUGUAUGAUAGAUGGUAGCAACAAAUAUAAAAAGGUCAACUUAUUUAAAAAAGGCUCUAGGAGUAAACACCUAAUUUAGUAGGUUCCUUUGAAGAUCCGUUCUUUUUCAGAAAUAGUUAUCAACGUAUAAAAAAAGCCAUCCUCGGAAAGUUUUUUUUAGUGGCUCCUUCCUUCAAAACGUUUAAUCACCUAAUAUGGAACACUACUUUGCUUUCAAUCUUUUAUGUUAGUUCAUUUGAUCAAAAUACACGAAUUCCUGAUUCAUGUGUCCAGAUAGUGGUUGCCAUAAGAACAAUGGUAACUCAUAUAUAAGAUAUUUUCAUUCGUUUAGCUGGCCGAUAUUAUGCGCCAAGUGACUAUUUUUAUAGAGCUCUGUAUUAUCCAAGAAAUACGAACAUACAUAUUUUGAUGAUGUAGUCAAAAGAUCAUCACGUUUCACAAAGAUUGCCGUAAACACUUGCGACAUUUACUGUAAUAUUUACGCUGCAUCAUGCCUACUCCGGGUAUAAUACCUAUCCUAUAGAGUGCGAGAUAGCCAUUUGUGCCGCCAGAGUGCUAAUAUUUGUUAUUCUAUCAAAUAUAUGUAGUAGCGUCAUUAGUAGCCUUUGUUCGUCCGUCAAUCUGUCAAUAGAGCCCAUUUUCUAGGCCGACUGGUUCACUCAACUUUGUCCCAAAUAUUAUUUCUAGUUUUACGCCUGGCAUCUUCGUAAGGCAGUCUAUCAGACGGCUAGCUCCCAGCACGAAACGAAGUGCGUUUGUGUCCGAAUUCGAAGCUGCACUAUCACGUGUCCAUAGAACUAAAAAUCAAAUACGACACCCACUAAACUAUUACAGGGACGGAUCGUUGAGACCAAUCUACUUUUCCCUUCGGGCGAUAUCAGUACACUGUACAUGGCGUUUAAAUGAAAUGCAAAAUUAACUUUCUAUUCUACCUGGCAGGGAAAUACGCAAAAGGUAGUUGAUACUUAGGCAUCUCGCAAAUAAAAUCAUUAAAGGCAGUUUACAGUAACUAUUUGUCAUCCGUUAGCGCUACUUACAAUGAACUAAAAAAAAACGUGCUGAUCCAAGGCUACCAACAAAUGUCUCGGACAUCUUCAAAGAAUCAAUAUAAUAGCUACUCUUAUUUGUAAAAAUGAAAUAGUGAGAUGCUAAGAAUUUGUUUUCGUUACUAGCAUUAUAUGUAAAAACUGUACAGCUAAAAUGUGCGAAUUGAGAAGGAGAUUAAUGAAUUGAAGUUACGGGCUUACCACAAAAAAAACCAUGCGUCGGUUUUGCUCAACAAGCCCUUCUACCGCUGCUACUACUCACUACUUGCGUUCUUGUAAUCUCUGUAGAACGAUUUUAAAUUUAGAAUCUGUUAUUCUAAACUUAAAGUUGACACUAUUACACAAGUGUUAAAUAUUACGGCCUAAGGCUGGGUCAAGCAUAGUACGGAGCGCAGCGUGGCGAAGGCAGCCUUAGCAUUGCUCUUAUAUAUAUUUCGAAGGAGAUCGGAAACAGACUGCGUAAAGAUAGAUAGUUUUACUACUUGUUCAGAUCACGGGAAUUUGACGGGCUUGCACAGACAAAAAUUUAUUGAACGUUUUAUCGAAUGGUUGGAAGAAUUGCGGUGUAUAUGUGACGGCUUGUAUACUGCUAAGGAAAACCUUAGAAUCAGUCAUAAUUGUGCUCGAUCUCGGAACACUUCUUUGAUACCAAAUCGAGAACCUUUACAAUAAAGGGUGUCUUAAAAUAUUAAAAUGAAGGCAAUGUUGAUGAAAUACUGACGAAUAAUGAAUAAUGAAUAAAUUAAUUUUUAUAUUUAAUGCGAUAAUUUUUUUCGUUAUUAAAAGGAGCGGUCUUUUAGCUUUGAAAGCGUUAGUGUAUCAACUAUAUAAUCUAAUAUGCGUUUGCGCUGCAACAAUAUCUUAGGUACGUUUUACUACGAAAAACUUGACACAUUUAUAUUCCAUUACUUUGUUUUUAUGUUGUUACACAUACAUAAGCACCCUUCGGAAUGAUUUAAAUACCUGCCACGUGAAAAUCCUUAUAUGUUGAAAGCUCUAGUUUUCGGCCGUUGCCAGUCUAAAAUAAUUUCUUUUAUGUAGAAAACUUGUUUUA